UUCUAUGCUUGAUGGAUUUGGCCUUUUUUUUCCUUUUUUUUUUAACCUGCCUGUAGAGGUUAUCUUAUUGAUUCAGCUUACAGUGCAGGAGACCCACCCGUUCUCCCCUCCUCUUGCCUGUCUCUUUUGUUGUGGUUUCUGCUGAUGGUUUGGCCCACAAAGCCAGUCAUUGCUGGCCACGCUGCUAUGGCAACCAGGAAAUACUCACCGCCAUCAGUGGAGUAGUGUCCGUGUGAGAGUGUUUGAAUGUGAAGGGGAUAGAGAGGAGCAGAACGUGGUGAGGGGGAGUCCAGACAGACCACCACCACAACAACAGCAGAGACUGAUCUUCACCUUUGGCUUUUCUGCAUUUUUCCCUCUUAAUCCUUCACCGAGCAUAAAUGGCUGCCAGCUCUGCAGCUACAUCUCUGCUGCCUCCAGUGAAGAGCGUGGUGGUGUAUAGGAAUGGAGACCCCUUCUACAGUGGACGCAGGUUUGUGGUCAACCAGCGACAGGUGGUCACCAUGGAGGCCUUUCUGAAUGAAGUGACCCAGAGCAUCGGCGCCCCUCUUGCCGUCAGGACUCUGUACACCCCCAGGCAGGGCCACCAAGUCGCAGACCUGCAGGAUCUACGGACAGGAGCCCAGUAUGUUGCUGCUGGCUUUGAGAGAUUCAAGAAACUCGAUUACCUGAACGUGAGAACAAAAAAGCAACCCACUGCUCGUGAGGAAAUCCAGGUCAAAGCAAUCCAGAGGCCGAAUGUGUCAGCUAAAUGGAGGAAGUAUAUACCUGUGCCUUGCAUUAUACACGUUUUUCGAAAUGGAGACCUCCUGUGUCCACCGUUCCGAUUCAUCAUUCCUCGGAGCAUGCAGCAGGACCUGGAUCAGAUCUUGAGUCUAAUCACAGAGAAGGUCAGCCUAAGGACCGGUGCGGUGCGCAGGUUGUGUUCUCUAGAAGGAGUGUCCGUGUCCUCAGCUGGGGAGCUGGAGACUGGCCGCUGCUACGUUGCCGUGGGAACCGAGAGGUUCAAGAAACUCCCAUAUGUGGAGCUAAUAGUCUCCAAAACUACAGAGAGAUAUUUCCCUGGGAAGAGAAGGAUGUUAAGGAGAGCUGAGAACAGGAAAGCAGGAAGCGGGCCUGAAGACCAAUGCAGUGACUCAGCUCUCCUUGACUCCCCAGAGUCAGACGGUCGGAGGGUGAAAUCAACAGGAGAUGAAGCUGCAGCCCCACAAGCCUCCCAGCAAAGGAGCAGGAGAGAGGGAGCAGAUGAGACCUCUGUGUUUUUUGCCAGGCCGGUCAAGAUCCGGAAGAACCGAAUGCAAACGAGACCACCGCUCAGCAAUGGAUCUGGCCAGCCCAGUGUAUUUAAAAGCGGAGCACAGAAAAGGAGAGAAGAGGUACGAGGGGCAGAGGAGGUGCAGGAGGAUGAAAAUACAGCUACAGAGCUUCCUGUUGAUCAGAGAGCUGCAGAAAUAGUGGAGGAGGAGGAAUUAACCAGCCCAGACGAUCCUCUGCAGAACAAACAGAUGAGACAAGCACAAAUUAUCAAGAGUGAGCAGCACGACGACGAGGAGCACCCACACAAGUACAGUGGAAAGCAGGCAUUACUAUCUGAAGAGGAGCAGGAGUCCAAAGCUGAAAUACUGGAGCUGAAGCAGACGUCUUCGAAGUCGAGGCCUUCAUCGUCUAGCAGUCACGCAGAGCACAGAAAAGAAAAGGAGAUCCUGCAGGAUGCGCCGUCGGUUGCAACAGAACAAAACCACCAUCAUCAGGAGGAGGUCACGGCGUCCUAACAGUUUCACACCGCAUGAACGUUUGAUUAAAUUAGUAGUACUUUAACUGUGUUAAUGAGCCAAAUAACAACAUUAAUGUAUGUUGUUUUAUUGUAGAAAAUGUAAGCGUGAGAAGUGCAAGGAGAACAAACACUACAACAGGUGGAUACACUAUCAGAAGCUCUAUAAGCUUCAGCUCAAACUGAUUGAAGUUUAUUGUAUCGUACACCCGUUUAUGAGGUUCUGUCCAUUCAGUUUUACAGGCAUGAUUCUUAUGCUGAUACUGUGUAGAUGUUCAAUAUAUUCACUAUGUGUACAGAAAAAAAAAAGCAUUUUUUAGGGUAAAUCUUAAACCUAUACUGAAAAAUGAGUGACUACUAAAUGAGUGUUGGGGAACAGUAGUGUUGCCAAGAAUUUAUUGAUUAAAUAUCAGCAACAACACAGGAACAGAGCACAAUAUUAACAGUCAUCUGUACAGUGUCUUGUAUCAAUUAAAUGUGACAAUAAACAUAUGUAUUACUGUACAUGUGACCAAUUUCUGAACUCUUUACACAGUUCAAGUCUUUUUCUUUCAAAAGUAGUUUGGAAAAUAAAAGCAGUAUAUUCCUUCAUAGUAUAUCACGAGUAAACAGUAAAAGGAAAGGCGAAAGAUGAAAAAAAUUAAAAUAAACAAAUCAGAUUUUAUCCUCAAGCUAUACAACAACAUUGUCCCCUCAUGCCUUGCUCUUACUCUACAGCAGGCUAAAGGCAGCCGCCACAAAAUAACCCCAUUAAACCAGAAGCUGACAUCUACCCCGGGCUUAUUUAUAUGUGGUCUCUGCAGCAUCUAUGCAGAUGCCAGUCACAUGGCA